AAAAGGGAACGAGGGAAGGCAAAAAAAAAAAAAAAAAAAAAAACGAUGAAAAUGCGGUUACUCCAGGGUUGUAUGCACAUUUUCAACCUGAGGCAGGGGACAAUCCUCAUCGCGAUAACCCAACUGAUUUUGUCCGGAUUUACUAUGAUGUUAAUGGUUCUUGCUCUGGCACACGCUAAAGAGAUAGGCGAGCUUGUCGCAAGGGAUACCGAAGAUGCGUUGGAGAGAGAAGCGAUGGAGGAAAUAUCACCGAAGCAUAUGAAUACAAAGAGAAUGGACGUUGCUCAUCACCUCGCUACCGAGGUAUUGUACUCCUUGUACAGCGGUCUUGUUAUUACCAUCAUACAUUUCGUCUCCUCGAUACUUCUUCUCUACGGAUCUCUAAUGAAUAAUCGUCAUUUCAUGGCUCCAUGGAUUACGGUUAUGAUGACCGAGAUCGUUGUCGGAAUAAUGUCGUUGUUCCUCGUCCAGCAGGAUUGUCCAUUUAUCGCGAUUUUAGGCGGAAGUGCGGACAUUGGCGAACGUCUGUUCGUUCUGUUCAUCACGAUAAUCAACUUUUACAUAUGGUUCGUUGUCUACAGUACCUACAAGACUUUGGAGGGUAAAAAUAAGGGUUUGACACACGAGGUUUAUUUCUUUAAAAAACAAAACGCAACUGCAAACGGAUCCGUUGUUGGUGAAAAUACCAAAACUCAAAACAGCGGUUCGCAACCGAUUGACGUUUAAAUAGGUGUAUAUACAUAUAUAUAUAUAUAUAUAUAUA